AUGAUGAUCCGCGCUGGGGACCAUCCCUUGACGCUCAGGCUACGCCACCCGUCUCUCACGGUAGAGGAUCUCGACUUCGCUCUGAAGCACCUCGACAAGGCACGCGUAUUCGACAUUGACGAGAGUGCAUGCAAGCAAGAACACGACCCAUGGAUCCUAGAACCCGCCGAGUUCUCGCAAAGAACCUUCCCUGCUCUCGAGGAAAUGUCGUUAUAUUUGAAAGGGGCACACGCAGAGCAACACACCCUUCUCACGCCCGACAUUUGGGAGUUACCAGCAGCGACCACUCCGCUACUAAAACGGCUUUCCUUGAAAGCCCCACUCAUUUUCUUGGCUUAUUGCGACCGCGAGCUUGAAUUGUCGUAUGCUGUACCGACUUUCCCACUACAACCGAAUGCCGGCGUUCAACCUGUGAAGCUUCCAGUCUUGGAGCAUCUUCGGGUCGGAACCAACGCCAACGUCGGCAUCGGGUUUUGGAACCACAUCACCGUACCCUCGUCCUGCACGGUUGUCCUCGAUCUCUACGAAAUUGAUCAGGAUUAUCCCGACUUUCUCUCUCAUCUCCAGGCAAUACCAUCGCGGCUAGGAGGAACAGCAUUUGACGCACUCAUUGUUGGCCUGAGCGUCUGGGAUACCAAAGCAGAUGCGGAUGAUGAAGGGGCAACCACCUACGGUGAUGCGACUGUCUGUUGGCUCGUGUCCGAUACUGGAUAUGAGAACAAUGCCUGGACCGGGCCAUUCAGGCGUGACUACAGGGAGCGCAUGUCGGUGUAUAUGUACGACAUCGAGAUAACCGAACCGCACUUUGUGAGGCUUAUGGCACAAUCCCUCACGGUCGUCGAUGCUGGUCGAAUCGAGGUUCUGGAAAUUGGCUCCCACUUAGCAUACGAUGCGCAGCGGUGGUCGCGAGUCAUAUCUCCCUUCAACAACCUUCACACCCUCUACUUGGAGGAUAUGCCCAGAACCCCCCUGCUGCUGUCUCUUGAUUCAGCCACGUCCAUCGAGCGUCAAGAUUUUGCAUCAAUCGUACUCCCUGCCCUUCGCUUCCUUUGGCUUCAGGAGCUUGACCUGACCGAGGAGAGCGAUGGGGAAAUACCUGAAGGACCUAAUCGAGUACAGUUCACUCGCAUGCUCCUGUCUCGUAAACAGCAGGGAUUUCCUGUACAUCAUUUGCGCAUCGGGGAGCUCUACAUGGAUACAAAGCUGGCGGAAAAGUCAUUUUUGCCCCGCAUACGCGCCAUCGUACCCCUCGUCGAGUGCGACACGAUAAUACCGGACAAGCACUCAGGAAAUGGCUCAUGA